AUGGAAUUUCGAUUGAUUCAUCUGGAAUCUCAACUUGAUACUUUUCGAACAAGAUUAGGAAUGAUUUCUCUUGAUCUAUUUGAUGAACUGCUCAUUAACCAGGUGACUGAUCUAUGUGCUGAUCUGAGAGAACUUGUCGUUCAAAUGAAGGAUAAACAUGAAGAAAUGAAAUGUCGUGGUGUUGAUGUAAGAACUUGUCUAGGUAAAUACAAAAAAAGUAUGCGUGACUUUCAUCUCGUAUGUCAUAUAUUAAUUCAUAUCAUCGAAAAACUCGAGAUGAAUGAUUCCGACUUCACAAUAGAUAUAUCUGAAUCCCUUCAAGAGCAUCUUAAACAAAAAUAUGAUAUGAAUCGUUUGGAGAUGCUGUUAGAGGAAGAAAAUAUCCAUGCUAUUGACCAGAUCCUUCGAGAUCUUGCCUUUCGACGACAAUGUCUAUCAUCAUAUUUAGAAACAAUCCGAUCAUUAUUGCAGAAUAAGCCAGAACAAAACACCUCUUUUGAUAAAUAUAUUCAUAAAGCCGAGAAAAGAUUAGUAACUAUAUCCGAUGUCGACAGUGAUCUGAAUUGUUUACGUGGAAAUCUACGAGCUAUCGAACGAUGUAUUGAUAAAUAUAUUAAUUUGUUACGCGAUGGAAAGCUUCGAGAGAAUGAUCAUGAUAAUUUUGCACAAUACAAUCACAUUCCAGACAUUCCUUGCUUUACAUAUAUUCAACUGAUGGAGAAACUGUGCGUUGGAAUAGAUAAACUGGAAAUCAAAACUACUUUUCCGACAACUGAUCAGUUAAUGAAAACAUGGCAAGAUGAUCAUGGUACAGAUGAUCAGUUCAAACCCAAAAUAAUCGAGCUCUUUCAAGCUGUAGAACUCGAUCUGACCGAAUUGUUCAAAGAGCAAAAGUCGACUUACUCUAUUCCGUACAAAGUUGGUUUAAUUGGUCAUGGAUCUGUAGGAAAAAGUGCGUUAGCAAUCGAACUAGCCAAUGCCAAACAGCACUCGGCCAUGAUCGAUACUACACGAAGUACAUUUGGUUAUUUACAAUUUGACACACUCGCCUAUCAACAUCCUCGAACUAGAAGACCUAUUCCAUUUACUUUCGUUGAUAUUGAAGGAGCUAUCGAUGCUGACGAAUCUUUGUCUGCAGGAAACUAUCUGGAAUUAAUAACUCGAGCAGAUUGUGACGUGUAUAUAAUUGUUUUCGCUGGGCUGUUCAGCGCACACAAUCGUGCUUGUCGACAACAUAUCGAAAAGUUUCUUCUACGAAAAUGUCUCUUAGUGAGAAGUAAAGCCGAUGUAUUGUUUAAUGAUAUUUUCAACGAAGAAACAGCGACAGAUUACAAAAAAGAGACUGCUACGGAUUACGACGUAAAAAAAGCUUUGGAGCAAACGAGAAGCCUGUCUAAGGUUACAUUCGACGAUAAGCGUUUAACAGAUGAAAUUUAUCUCACGGCAGUUAUAUGCAAAAACAGCUCAAAAGGUGCAUCUUGGGCUCAUUUCGAUUUAGAGAAAUUGAAGGAAAAGUUAAUCCAUUUGGCUAUCAUGGACAUUCGAAUAACUCGAAUGUGUCAACUUGCCAUUCUCACUUCGAAAGCCGUUAUCAAUACCUGCUUUCGUCGUGGUUACGUGAUCUCGAAAACACGAUGGAAAUGGUUUGCUGCUGGCGCUAGUCUUAUUCCUUUUCUUGAUGAACUACCGAAUUUUUUCGGACGCGAAGAAAUCCGUCAAGCUUUUGGUGUACACGACAGAUCCGCAAUAAAGAACAUGUUUCGUGGCACAAAAGAUUCUUUAGAAGAAUACCUCACGAAGAAAAAUGUAACAUUACCAAAAAAUAUUUUGGAAUCUGGCUAUUUCGAAUACUUAGAAUCUGAUGGACCAGAAGAUAAACACAUAUAUGACGAAGCAUCAUCAAUGUAUCAGAAUACAAGGAAAAGUUCAACUGUAAAGAAGAAUGAUCAAUGGACUCGCCACGGAACGAAGGUGUGUACUGUUUUAACUGCAAUAGGCACGUCAGUGGACGAUAUCUUACGAUCCGUUAUUCCAGCUGGCACAGUCGGAUUACGUGUCGUAUCUAUUGCUGGCAUAGUGGUUGGUGUGGCACUUGCUCCUGUUUUUGCAGUUUGGGCAGCUUACUCGAGUGGAAAAAGAAUGACUGAACACCUUCAUCGACUAUGCAACGAUCUAUUCGUUAUUGUUUCACUUUUUGCAGUUAACCAAUGUAAUGAACAUCGUAAAAAGACUGAGACACUCACAUUUUCGUCUGUCUUUCAAGAAACUUCAUCCGAUGAAGACAAAUAA